AUGAGGAGAAUGCUUACUUCUCUUAGAGUUACCUUUGUAACAAAAAGAACAAGCGAUAGAUUGUCAGUAUCUCAGGAAUUGUUUAAUAAAUAUCGAUCUUGUGAGUUGGCAUUUGCAGUUUUCGCCAAUCUUGGGCUUGUGGCAUCUACCAUUGACUAUGAAGUUUCUUGGUGCCGUCCAAUGAUCGUGCAUUUUCCAUAGUGUGUACUUCACCGAAGUACUUUUGGUGAAGAUUUUUGAUAUUGAGACAUUUGACCGAACAAAAAAGUUGACCAAAUGUCACACUAUUUAAAAAUUUUCGACCAAAUGUACUUCGAUGAAAUGCACACUGUCAUUUGGAAUGGAGCCAAGUUUCUUAUUCACCAUAUAGAACACACAAUAACUGCCUUCAAGAUAGCAACUCAAUGACUCAUAGGAUGAUCGCAAUGUUGACAAGUCUGAUGGCUUUAAUUUUUGUGUUCCUUAAACAUUUCCAGAAAGAAAUCUGGAUUAAAUACCAACAGGAAACUGAAAAAAUUUUGAAUAAAACUAGGACACGGCCUUAUUUUUCAACAUAUGCAGUAAAUGAAAAACAAUCCACAAAAAUUGUGAGGAUUUUUGAAAUUAUCAGUCUUUGCUUAUUUCCAUAUGCUGAAAUAUAUAAAUAAAUCUAUAUAUAAAAACUUAUAAGGACAGAUAAAUAUUUAUCAUAAAUUGCAUAUCCUUAUAUAGACGCAGACAUCCCCAUACCUAUGAGAUGGGAAUUUCGCGACCUGCACGGGUGUUACAAGCUGAGUGAAAUAAUGUACGCUUUUAUGUUCGUCAGAAUUUUUUACCUAUUUAAAGCACUGUCCAACUAUACUAUAUACAGAGACCAUUUAGCAAGAAGAUAUUGCACAUUUUAUAGAACCCGUGCAAAUUCAAGGUUUUCUUUUAAAUGUGUCAUUGCGCGAUAUCCUCUCAGCGUAAUUAUAAUCUGUAUGACGAUUCCAGCACUUGUUAUCCUGGGACUUAUUCUCAGGAUUUUUGAAAGGCCAAAUGAUGAUCUCACAGGCCAAGACUACGAAGACCCAACAAAUGCGAUUUGGGUCUGUGCCACUUUUUUGACGCUAGAAGGGUUCACUAAUUUUGAUCCUGCUUCUAUACCUGCAGAAUGUGUUAUUAUGAUCUGCUUUGCGGUUGGAACAAUAAUUUAUACCCUAACUCUACUUACUCUGUGGAGUAACAUUAAUUUAAAUGAUAAGCAGGAAAAAGUCUUUGUAAAUAUUCACAAAACACAUGCAGCAGCAAUGCUUAUUAGUGCAGGGUUUAGCUAUUACAAAUUAAAGGGGAAGUAUGGAGAACAUAGCUUGGCUGCUGUAAAAGCAAGGGAAAAGCUGGAUAAAUGCGUGGUGAUGUUUAAGAAAAAUAAAUCAGAAAUUCAAGAAAUGGGGGAAAAUAAGAAUAAUACGCUGGGGGAUUUGACAGUGGCUGUGCAAGGGAUUGAAAAAAAGCUGAAUAGGCUUGUAGAGAUCAUCAAUCAGCUUAGUCCCUCAUAUGUGAGCAAACAAACCAUUGGAAAAAUCCCUAUUUUUUUUACAAAAAUCCAUCCUCUGUGAGCGACUAAAUGUUUUUUAUAUAAAAUGCUUUAUGAAAAAAAAUGAUAUAUAAGUGAUAAUUAUUAUGAUAAAUCUCUAGCUAAUUCUUAAAAUUUUUAAACACCUUGAAUUUUCAAUUUUUGCGAAUUGGGAUUAUUUUAAAUUUCGAAAAAACAAAAUUACUAUAAAAUUUAUAUAUAAAUUUAAAAAAUAAAAAUUAAUUCCUCCUUGAGCGAACAAAAUAUUUUUGUUCGCUCACGGAGGGGAGUUAGUAUAAAAUAUGAAAAUAAUUAA